GUAAAGGGUUCAUUCGUUCGGUAACAGUCAACGCGAAAACAGCUCCUGUGCUUGCGGUACUCCUCAUUUGCGUUAAGAGUAGAACAAUUACUGCUGGGGGUGUGUAAUUUCACAACGUCAGUCAAUCGUUUCGUGUAAAAGAUACAAGCAAGUGAAUCGAGGUCAAGUGAAAAGCAAACAACUGCUCAGUGAUAUCUAAAGGGGGAAUCAGUUCCUGAAAUAAAUAAACUCCUCAGCGGGUUUCAACCUGGCAAAUUACGGAUACAAGACCUUUAACAGUCUAUCAAAUAUGGUGAUUUCACAAGCGCAUAUCCCAUCCUCCAAAAUGUCGAAGGCCGGCUUUGAAACGGUCGGAAUCGGUUCGAACAUUCGAACGACCCUAAUCGCUGCCGCGGCAGAAAGGCGAACCGUGAUCGGAAUGACCAAUGCCAUACGCAGCCUGCGUGACGAGCCCCAGAACUACAUUUUCUGCUUUAUCGCGUCCUCCAAACAACCGGACAGCGGUGCCCACAUGCAGCAGGUGCUGCUGGAAGCUUUCUGCUUCGAGAACGAUAUCUACAUUAUCAAAGUUGACAGUGCCACCAAGUUGAGUCGGCUUUUGGGAUCCACUUCUAAUAUCCAGCCAGCUUCCUGUGUUUUGGUCCAAAAAUCUCGCGUCGGAAUCGGCGUUUCCGAAAACAGCAACAACACAUUUUCGCGGAGCGAAAAUUUACUCAUCGACCACUGCGAAUUUUACUGGGACGAGCCAAACAAGCCGGUCAUCAAGCUACCGGAAAAAUGAAUCAAACGCUCGCAGAUCCCCAACGAGCUGGGGCAUCGAUAUCUUGAUAUGUAUACAGUCACUUAAUCGAAUAGAACAAAUAAGUGCCGAUAGGGAGUUCCCCGCUGAAUGCGGUUCGAACUUGUUGUACUUUGAUAAGGCAGACAGAUAAUAGCUACAGAUACUACUUAGUUCAGUGUUUCAAGUUGAACUUAAACAGAGACCAGAGUGAUGGGACCCGAUUAAUCACAAGUAAAUUAUCGAUCCAAUCUGGAGUCUAGCAGGGCUAAGUUGGAUAAAAAUGUUAAGUGCUGUUGAAGGUUCUGGACGAAAAUGAAUCGUUUCCUAGUGUAGGCACCUGAGCGGUGCGAAAACUUAUGUUGUUAAAGAUAAUGUUUUAGGUUAUCUUUAAAUUGGUUAACGAUUCUGUAUAAAUAACUUCGUCAUUUCUGGCUAUUUUGGUAUUAGUAUCAUUUAUCCUCUAUGAAUUUGUACUACCUAGUGUUUAAAGCUUAUUACUUAACCGUUAACACUGUAUGAUUAUGGUAGCCAUAAUAA